GCUCCGGACGCGCAGGCUCGGCGGCCAUGGCUCACGGGUCCAGCCGCUCCGCGGCAUGUGGGAUCUUCCCGGACCGGGGCACGAACCCGCGUCCCCCGCAUCGGAAGGCGGACUCUCAACCACUGCGCCACCAGGGAAGCCCUGAUGGACCCCUACCAUGGAAGAGACAGUAGAAGAUCCCCCCACAUCAGCUGUCUUGCUGGACCACUGUCAUUUCUCUCAGGUCAUCUUUAACAGUGUGGAGAAGUUCUACGUCCCUGGAGGGGACAUCACAUGCUAUUACACCCUCACCCAGCAUUUCAUUCCCCGUCGAAAGGAUUGGAUUGGCAUCUUUAGAGUGGGAUGGAAGACAACCCGUGAGUACUACACCUUCAUGUGGGUUACUUUGCCUGUUGACCUAAACAGCAAAUCUCCCAAACAGCAGGAGGUCCAGUUCAAAGCUUAUUACCUGCCCAAGGAUGAUGAGUAUUACCAGUUCUGCUAUGUGGAUCAGGAUGGUGUGGUCCGGGGGGCAAGUAUCCCUUUCCAGUUCUGUCCAGAAAAUGAGGAGGACAUCCUGGUUGUUACCACUCAGGGUGAGGUGGAAGAGAUUGAGCAGCACAACGAGGAGCUCUGCAGGGAAAACAAGCAGCUGAAGGACAGCUGUGUCAGCCUCCAGAAGCAGAACGCAGACAUGCAGGCUAGGCUCCAGAAGAAGCAGGAGGAGCUAGAAACCCUAAAGAGCAUCAAUAAGAAAUUGGAACAGACAAUGAAAGAGCAGAAGGACUGUUGGGAGACAGAGCUUCUUCAGCUGAAAGAACAAAACCAGAAGAUGUCCUCAGAAAAUGAAAAGAUGGGAGUCAGAGUGGAUCAGCUUCAGGCCCAGCUGUCAACUCAAGAGAAAGAAAUAGAGAAGCUUGUUCAGGGAGUCCAAGAUAAAGCAGAGCAGUUGGAGGACCUGAAAAAGGAAAACGGCCAGCUCUUUCUCAGCUUAACUGAACAGAGGGAACACCGGAAGGAGCUCGAACGGACAGUGGAGGAGAUGAAGCAGAAAGAAACUACUGCAGCGAAGAAAGAACAGGAGUUAACGGACCAGAACUUUGACCUGUCAAAAAGACUGAGUGAGAACAAGAUUAUAUAUAACGUUCUGCAGAAAGAGAAAGAGAGAAUGGAAGAAGAAAAUGGUCUUUUGAAGAUGGAGAACAGCACACUGCUGAGUUACAUGGGUCUGAAUUAUGACUCUUUGCCGUAUCAAGCGCCUGCUUCGAAUCAAGGAGGUGCGAGACCAAACCCAGGACUUGUCUAUGGAAACCCAUAUUCUGGUAUCCAAGAAAGUCCUGCCCCCAGCCUGCUCUCCAUCAAGAAAUGCCCCACCUGCAAAUCAGACUUUCCUGAUGACUUGUUUGAUCACACCUUGGAGCAGCACAUGCAGCCCCUUAGUUUGAAUUGUCCAAUUUGUGACAAGGCCUUCCCAGCAAAAGAGAAGCAGAUCUUUGAAGACCAUGUGUUGUGCCACACUCUCUAAGUGUCCCGGCCUCUUGGAUCUAUACUGUACAUGGAUUUUAUAGAGUAGAAGCUUCUACUAUGAGUUAUGACCCAAGAUCCUGCCUAACCUGAAUCAUUAGGGAUUUACUUAGUCCUGCUGCCCUAUAGGUGGAGUCAUGUCGAUUAUCUGAAGCAUAGUGUUAAGGGCUGUUACUUCCAUCCUUGUGGGUUUUAGUACCUUUUAAGUCACAUAACUCCAGCUAUGUCAGCCUCUCAACUAAAAUGCCCAUUCUUGCGAGGGUCUCCAGCAUAAAGGCCCUGGGUUGGAGCUGACCUGGCUGUUCACAGGAGGCCUGACUCGAGUACUAAGUGAGUAGUUUUCCAGGUUGUCCCACUGCCAUUCAAGGUCAGGCCUUGAGUGUGUUUGUACUCAGUCCUCAGUCCUAACCCUGGGGCUGGUGACUGAUCAGAGGUUGAGAAUUUCUACCUCCUCCUCAGGCCUCCUUCUCCAACUAAUUUAGAAUAGUCAAAAAAGGCAUGGCAGAGAACCCAGAUAUCCAAUUUGGAUACCAAAGUUUUCUCAUCUUGAUUUCCCAGCUCCCGACGGAAGCAUUCCUGAACAAUGGACAUGAAAUAUUUCACUCACAGAAAGGCUUUCUCUCUGGAUACCUCUGACUGGCAUUUUCUACUCUGGUUUUUUCCUGUGCACAUAACUAUUAUUGUUGUAAGUCCUUUCUUAAUGGUUAGUGGGACUUGUUAGAAACUGUAUGGGUUUGCAACUUUCUGAGCAGGUGAGUUUGAAUAUGGAUAAGUUAGAAUAAGAACUAUUGUUAAUCGCUUUAAUACUAAAAAUAAACUAGUCCUCUAUUCAGGGACUUUGGUAAUUUAAAAUAAACCUUGAGUUCAUUUUUUUUAUUUUUAAGCUUGUGGGGAAAGUAUAAUCAAAAGGAUUGUCGGAAUUAUAGACUCCACCAAGGAUUUCUCUUCACCUGUCUUAACUAGUCAACAAAAGAGUGUCCUGGCCAUUGUCUUGAGGUGGAGAGGGAGGUGACGAAGCAUUAGUUUGAGAAAUCUGGAGCCUGACUUUCUUGUUCUAACUUUCUGUGCAUUUUUGAAAGGGUGUGGAUUUGGGCACCUUUUGUGAACUAACUUCAGUUCCCUCCAUCCAGAUCUGCCUAAUUGAACUAUAAGAAGCAAUUCCAUUUUCUCCACCCCAGGGACUGAACAAAUGGAAAUGACUCCCAGGCCGUCAGCCAGCUGGUCACUGUAGAGACUUUUACAGAAACUUUUGAAUGAUGUGAAACAUGAUGCUGUGCAUCAGGUUGAGCCAAUUAUAGCUCUGCAUUCCUUCUGUGGUUUUCCCUGACGUGACUAAGUUAGGCCUUAGACUAACUGUAUUGUCCUAGUCACAGCUCCUCACCUUUAUUUCUCCUUUGAUAAAAUGAAGAUGAGACUAUACUCCCACUGCUUCUCCCGUAUCACCAUUUCGAUAUGAUGUCUCUUGGACUCAUAAGCCUUUGCCCUGUAAGAAUCAGAUGUGACAUUAAGACAAAGUUUAGAAUAGAAAUAUAGGACUUCCCUGGUGGCGCAGUGGUUAAGAAUCCGCCUGCCAGUGCAGGGGACAAGGGUUGGAUCCCUUGUCCAGGGAGUUCCCACAUGCCCCGGAGCAACUAAGCCCGUGUGCCACAACUACUGAGCCCACGUGCCGCAACUACUGAAGCCUGCGCGCCUAGAGCUCCACAACAAGAGAAGCCACGGCAAUGAGAAGCCUGUGCACCGCAACGAAGAGUAGCCCCCGCUCACCGCAACUAGAGAAAGCCCACGCGCAGCAACGAAGACCCAACGCAGCCAAAAAAAUAAAUGAAUGAAUGAAUAGAAAUAUAACGGGGAGAGAGUAACACAGUUUUUCUGGCAGAUACCCUUCCUGCAAAAUUUCUGUUGCUCCCCAGAUAGUUCCAGUGAAGAAUUGCAGUUUCAUUUAUUUUAUACUAGUCAGCUCUUAAUUAAGCACACGAAUGGAGAGGAGCAGUGGUGCACAUAACCCAAAUCAGCAAAUACCAUUUUCUGGUGAAUCACCCACCCCUUUGCCCCUGCUACCCUGAGGGUUACCGUGAUUAUCAACAGCAGCAGGAGCCCUUCCACAGGCUUGGUACAAAAAAGCAGUUGAGGUGUUAAUCAUCCUUUUUGCUGGAUGUAAAACAAAGCAUCUUUAACCACUGUUCAUUAUCCCCAGCUGCUCUUACCAAGGCUUUGAAGGGGAAAUUACGCUCCAGGCAUCUACUAGUGGUAAAGGAAACAGUCAUUCUUACAUAAUCCAAUCAUCACCCCAGCCUUUCCCGUCUAUACCUCUUACACCCACAGAUUUUAAAGCUGGAAAAUUCCUGCAAGAAAUAACAGCUUGUGGGAGCAAAAUGGAUUUGAGAAUCUGUGUACUUAUUAUGGCAACAAGUUUUCCUUCCUAGUUCAUUUUCUCUUUUCUAAUAUUAAAAUGUUUUUGCGUUACCUUAGCACACUCACUAAGCAGUGGGGAAAAAAGUCACCCUGGCAUACAUGAGUGUGAGUGGUGAAGGAAAGCUAACCUAAAAUCAGAGAAGGGAGAGUUGGCAAGAUAUUUGGUAAACUUAGACCCCUAAGAACACCUGUAGCUUCAGCCCUUUUGCCUCAUCUUGCUAAAAAUUGGGAUGAAAUGGAACUGCCUUGAUGUUUAAAUAUGAUCCUGGGAUUCGAGUGAUUUUCUACAGUGGCUGUGGACUGCACUGAGCUAAGCACUCUCUAACCUGGUCUCCUAGCAACAAAUGCUAAUGAGAUGGUAGGCUGUGGCAAAAAGAUGCCCUCCAUUACCUAGGGAAAAAAGCAAAAUGGACUCAGCAUAACAUAGAGAUCAAACCUGAAGAGAUAGCACCUAAUUCUCCUGAGUUAACCAACAACAGGCCACAAGCUCGGGGAAAUUACACUGAGAUCUCCUUAAUUGAUCUCAUAUAAAUAUUAAAAUAAUGGCUUUAUAAGCAUGUAGUGCUUUAUAGUUUAGAAUACAUUUCAUAUAGUCCAUGUAUACUUUCAGUAACCCUUUGAAACAGAGAGCUUUUUUUAAAUUUAUUAAUUAUUUUUGGCUGCAUUGGGUCUUCUUUGCUACGCGGGCGGGCUUACUCUAGUUGCGGUGCGCGGGCUUCUCAUUGAGGUGGCUUCUCUUGUUGUGGAGCACGGGCUCUAGGCGUGCGGGCUUCAGUAGUUGUGGCACGUGGGCUCAGUAGCUGUGGCUCACAGGCUUAGUUGCUCCACAACAUGUGGAAUCUUCCCAGACCAGGAAUCAAACCGGUGUCCCCUGCAUUGGCGGGCAGAUUCUUAACCACUGCGCCACCAGGGAAGUCCCUGAAACAGCUAUUAACUCCCAUUUUUAUAGAUGAAUAAGAUGAAACGUGGAGAAAUAACCUGCUAAAAGUGGAAACAACCCAAAUGUCCGUCAGUUGAUGAGUGGGUAAAUAUGAUAUAGCCAUACAACGGGAUAUUAUUUGGCAAUAAAAAGGAACGAAGUACUGAGAUGUCACAACAUGGACGAACCUUGAAAACAUGCUGUGAAAGAAGCUAGUCACAGAAGAUCACAUACUGUAUGAUUCCAUUUAUAUGAAAUGUCCAAAAUAAGAAAAUAUUCUAUGGAAAUAAAAUAGAUUAGUAUUUUCCUAGGGCUGGGUGUUGGGGGAAAUGGAGAAUGACUGCUAAUGGGUGUGGAGAUUCUUUCUGGGGUAGAGAAAAUGUUCUAAAAUUUAUUACAGAGAUGGUUGCACAACUGUGUGAAUAUACUAAAUACCACUGAAUUA